CGCGGGAGGGAAGCUGCGGAGGGGGCUGCGGUCCCACCUCCCCGUAGCAGGCCGGGCGCUUCCGUGGAGGUUCUGGUCCAGGGAGAGCGCCGCACACCGCUCCGGUGAGUCCAGUGGUUAGCGAUGCUCCCGCUGCUGUCUUCGCUGUUGCUGCUGCUAGGGGCGCCGCGGGGCUGCGCAGACCCCGAGGCGACGACACUCACCCCCGAGAGGACCCUGGGAUGGCAGGAUAAAGGAAUAUUCAUUAUCCAAAGUGAGAGCCUUGAGAAAUGCAUUCAAGUGGGUAAAUCUGUACUGACCCUGGAGAACUGCAAACAGCCAAACAAGAACAUGCUAUGGAAAUGGGUUUCAUAUCGCCAUCUUUUUAACCUGGGAGCUAAUGGUUGCCUGGGUCUGAAUUUAUCUAAUACAGAGCAGCCAUUAGGCAUAUAUGAAUGUGAUUCCACCGAUGUUUCAUUGAGAUGGCAUUGUAACAGGAAGAUGAUCGUGGGCCCACUCCAGUACAUGGUCCAGGUGGAGCAUGAUAACACAGUGAUGGCCUCAUGGAAACAUCUUCACAAGUGGGUUUCCUAUACAUCAGGUGGUGGAGACAUUUGUGAACACCUUCACAAAGAUGUGUAUACAAUCAAGGGGAAUGACCAUGGGACACCAUGUGUGUUUCCCUUCCAGUACAAGCAUCAGUGGCAUCACGAAUGUAUCCGGGAAGGUCGGGGAGAUAAUUUGCUGUGGUGUGCAACUACAAGCCGAUAUGAAAGAGAUGAGAAGUGGGGAUUGUGCCCAGAUCCCACCUCUACAAAGGUAGCUUGUGACACUGUCUGGAAGAAGGACCUCAAUUCACACAUUUGCUACCAAUUCAACUUGCUUUCAUUUCUCUCUUGGAAUGAGGCACAUUCUUCAUGCCAGAUGCAAGGAGGUGAUUUAUUAAGUAUUGAGGAUGAAAAUGAAGAAAAUUUCAUAAAGAAGCACAUGAGCCAUGAAGCAGUGGAAGUGUGGAUAGGUUUGAACCAGCUGGAUCCACAUGCUGGCUGGCAGUGGUCCGAUGGAGCACCGCUGAGCUAUCUGAAUUUGUAUCCAGAAAUCCAUUUUGAUCCAUUUGUUGAAUAUCACUGUGGAACAUUUCAUUCAUUUAUGCCAACUGCCUGGAGGAGUAGGGAUUGUGAGUCCACCUUUCCUUAUGUAUGUAAAAAAUAUCUAAAUCACACCGAUCACGAAACAGUUGAAAAAAAUGCUUGGAAAUAUCAUGCUACCCACUGUGACCCUGGCUGGAAUCCCUACAAUCAUAAUUGCUACAAACUUCAGAAAGAAGAAAAGACCUGGAAUGAGGCUUUACAUUCUUGCCAGUCUGGUAACAGUACACUGAUAGACAUUGCUUCAUUAGCAGAGGUGGAGUUUCUUGUAAACUUCCUUGGAGCUGAAAAUGCAUCAGAAACGUGGAUUGGUUUGAGCAGCAAUACAAUUCCAGUUUCCUUUGAGUGGUCUAAUGGCUCUUCAAUAAUAUUUACUAAUUGGGACAUACAUGAGCCCCAAAUUUUUCCAAGUAGAAGCCAGCUAUGUGUCUCAGCAGAGCACCCUGAGGGACACUGGAAAGUUAAAAAUUGUGAAGAAACACUUUUUUACACAUGUAAAAAAGCAGGCCACAUCCCUUCUGACACAGAAUCAGGAUGUCAAGAGGGAUGGGAGAGACAUAGUGAAUUCUGUUACAAAAUUGACCCAGUCCUUCGAAGCUUUGACCAUGCUUCCAGUGGUUAUUACUGUCCCCCUGCACUUAUCACCAUCACAAACAGGUUUGAACAGGCAUUUAUUACCAAUUUGAUCAGCAGUGUGGUGAAAAUGAAGGACAGUUAUUUUUGGAUAGCUCUUCAAGACCAGAAUGAUACAGGAGAAUACACUUGGAAGGCUGCGGGGCAGGAGUCUGAGCUGGUGCAGUACACACAUUGGAACGCAUAUCAGCCCCGCUAUAGCGGUGGCUGUGUUGCCAUGCGAGGAAGUAGUCCACUUGGUCGCUGGGAAGUGAAGGACUGUAAACACUUUAAGGCAAUGUCCUUGUGCAAGCAGUCGGUUGAAAACCGGGAGAAAACAGAGCAUGAAGAAAGAUGGCCCUUUCAACCCUGCUAUUUGGACUGGGAGUCAAAGCCUGGUCUGGCCAGUUGUUUCAAGAUAUUUCAUAGUGAAAAAGUCCUGACAAAAAGAACAUGGAGAGAAGCUGAGGCAUUUUGUGAAGAAUUUGGAGCUCAUCUUGCAAGCUUUGCCCAUAUUGAGGAAGAAAACUUUGUGAAUGAGCUUUUACAUUCCAAAUUUAAUCGGACAGAAGAAAGGCAGUUCUGGAUUGGAUUUAAUAAAAGAAGCCCACUGAGUUCUGGUUCUUGGGAAUGGUCAGAUGGAACUCCUGUUGUCUCUUCAUUUUUAGACAAUACUUAUUUUGGAGAAGAGGCAAGAAAUUGUGCUGUAUUUAAGGCAAACAGAAUAUUGCUGCCUUCACACUGUGGUUUCAAACGUGAAUGGAUAUGCAAAAUUCCAAGAGAUGUGAGACCCAAGAUUCCGUCCUGGUACCAGUAUGAUGCACCCUGGCUCUUUUAUCAGGAGGCAGAGUACCUUUUUCAUACCCACAACUCAGAAUGGGCUUCCUUUGAGUUUGUCUGUGGCUGGCUGCGUGGUGAACUGCUCACAAUUCAUUCUGCACAUGAGCAAGAAUUCAUCCUCAGCAAAAUAAGAGUGCUAUCCAAGUAUGGAGCAAAUUGGUGGAUUGGAUUUCAAGAAGAAAAAGCCAACAAUGAAUUUCAUUGGAGUGAUGGGUCACCAUUAAUAUACCAGAACUGGGACAAAGAAAGAGAAUUAUCUGUGAAUAAUGAAAGCCAGAGAUGUGGCUUCAUUUCUUCCACAACAGGACUCUGGGGUAGUGAAGAGUGUUCAGUUUUUAUGCCUGGUAUUUGUAAGCGUAAAAAGAUUUGGGUCAUUGAGGCAGAAAAAAAUACACCAAAACAACAUGGAACAUGUCCCAAAGGAUGGCUAUACUUUAACUAUAAGUGCCUGUUAGUGAUAGUCCCCAAAGACCCAAGCAAUCUAAAGAACUGGACAGGAGCUCUGGAUUUCUGCAUUACAGAAGGUGGGACGCUGGUGGCCAUUGAAAGUGAAGUGGAACAAGCUUUCAUUACUAUGAAUCUUUUUGGCCAGAUCACUAAUGUGUGGAUAGGGUUACAAAAUGAUGAUUAUGAAAAAUGGCUAAAUGGAAAGCCUGUGGCUUAUUCUAACUGGUCUCCAUUUGAUAUAAUGAAUUUUUGUUUCCUCUUUUUCUCAUCAGAUGCUACAGAUGAUUUGGUUGUUCUUCUUGUUCUAGAUACUUCUGGACACCGUGUAAAUGCAUCAGAUAUGUAUCCAAUCCCCAAUACCUUAGAAUAUGGAAACAGAACUUACAAAAUAAUUAAUGCAAAUAUGACUUGGUAUGCAGCAAUAAAAGCCUGCCUGAUGCAUGGAGCAGAACUUGUGAGCAUUGCAGACCAGUAUCAUCAGUCCUUCCUCACCGUUGUCCUCAACCGGCUAGGACGUGCCCACUGGAUUGGACUGUUCACCACUAACAAUGGUCGUAAUUUUGACUGGUCAGAUGGCACCAAAUCCUCUUUCACUUUUUGGAAAGAUGAGGAGCCAUCUUUCUUUGGUGACUGUGUUUUUGCUGACAUGAAUGGACGCUGGCAUAGCGCAGCCUGUGAGUCAUUUCUGCAGGGUGCCAUUUGUCAUGUGCCCACUGAGAGAAAACUAUUUGAACACCCAGUGUUGUGCUCAGAAACAUCUAUUCCCUGGAUAAAAUUUAAGAGUAAUUGCUACAGUUUUUCUACAGUCCUAGACAGUACAAGUUUUGAGGCUGCUCAUGAAUUUUGCAAAAAGGAAGGAUCUAAUCUGUUAACAAUCAAGGAUGAAGCUGAAAAUUCAUUUCUCCUAGAAGAGCUUUUAGCUUUUGGUUCUUCUGUCCAGAUGGUUUGGUUGAAUGCUCAAAUUGAUAGUAAGAAUGAAACCAUAAAGUGGUUUGAUGGAACACCCACAGACCAGUCAAACUGGGGCAUUUGGAAAACAGACAUGGACCCCCUCAAGUCCCAUCAGUGCAUUGCCCUGAGGAUCCCUGAAGGAGUGUGGCAGUUAUCCCCGUGUCAAGACAAGAAGGGGUUUAUAUGUAAAAUGGAGGCAGAUAUUCACACUGAAAAGGAGCUUCCAGGAAAAGAGCCCAGCCACAGCAUUGCUCCUCUUGCCAUUGCACUGACGUUGUUAAUAAUCCUGGUCAUUUGCACACUUUCCUUCUACAUAUACAAGUGGAACAGUAACUUCUUCCGGAGACUUGCAGGGUUUGGGAAUCCUUACUACCCUACAACCAAUUUUAGUACAGUACAUUUAGAAGAAAAUAUUCUCAUCUCUGACCUUGAGAAGAAUGACCAAUGACAGCAAAGUUGGAGAAUACCUCAGCCACGAAGAUGAGUAAAGAAGACCAAAGGAAUCCUGUCUGUAUUUCCCUUUUACCAGAUGCCGUUAGAAUGUGAAUAGUCUCACAGUUUUAAUUAUUCCUAAAGUGAUUAACAGUCUUUCAUUAUAACCACAUCACAUGGAUUUUGAUUUAUUCAUUUCCAUAAACUGAUCUAUUCUUAAAAAGGGGAAAUUGGGCUGGGGAUUUGGCUCAGUGGUUCUGCCGCCGGCCUCAAAGCACAAGGACCCGAGUUCAAUUCCCAGUACCAAAAAAAAAAAAAGUAUAGUGUAUCGUGUACAGUUGUUAAUUUGGGGGCUGAGGAUGUAGCUCGGUGGUUCCAGCACCUCCCUCGCAAGCACAAGGUCCUGAGUUCAAUCCCCAGUACCAAAAAGGGGGGGGGGAUUAUGCAAUGAUUAUUUUUCAGAAAGAUGAGAAAUAUUAAAGCAAAGUCCCUGUUGAAAACUCACAAACCAAUGUGAAUAACAGUUUUUGCAUUAAUAAGUUCCUACUAAAAUUUUGGGGGGGAUUUUAAGACUAAUCUGGUACCUAUUUAGACAUUUGCACCCAUUCAAUUAAAAGAGAGAAAGAAGCAGCAAAACAAAUUCUCAAAUCCUAUUUUGCAUAUGAGAAAAAUAGGCUUCUGAGAGGUUUUCUCUUUGUUCUAAUUUAAUCAUUUUCAUAGAUAGGUUUGGAAUAUGCUAAUUUGUAAGUUUAAAACUCACAGGUUCUGAGCUGGGUGGUCAUACAAACCUGUAAUCCAGAGAUCCUGCUGAAGCAUGAGGACUGCAAGUUUGAGGCCAGCCUAGGCAAUUUAGCAAGCCUCUGUCUCAAAAUAAAUAUUAAAGAAAGGCUGAGGGUGUAGCUCAGUGGUAGAGCUCCCCUAGGUUCAAUCCCCAGUACCACAAAAAGAACUCAUUGGUUCUGGGCUCUCAACCAAUUUAGGGUGAUAUUAAUUUUUAUUAGGCCUGACUUCUCAAGCUAAAGAAGAAGAAAAAAAUUCUCUCUGAUUUGUGAGACAAGGUCUCACUGUGUAGGCCAGGAUGGCUUCAAAUUUGUUGCAAUCCUCCUGCCUCCACCUCUUGAGUGCAGAGAUUAUAGGCAUUUAUCACCAAGCCCAGCUUAGUUACAUUUCUUUGACUAGUGUAGACGUUGGUGAACAGCACACUUUCAUAAACAGCCAAUAGGUAAAAAGUAGCUAAGAAAAACUUCAAUUGCUAGGUAAUUGCUAUUUGAUACUUUAAAAUAUCCUACAAAUAGCCUUAAAGGAACAUAUUGAUAUUUGAGUACUAUUAAAACUCAUAGUAAGAACGAAAGAUACAUAAAUUCUUAACCAGAAGACAUAAAAUAUAACUGGAAUUUAAAGGAAAAAAAGGGGGAUCUGAAUUAUAGACCCACUAGAACCAGACUAGAGGACAUGCUAAGAGGUACUAAAUAAAUUACUCUCCAACUGUAGUCCAGAUACCUUUUUUAUAUAAAUGAGAUGAUUUAAGUGUUCUUUGUAAUACACUAUGACUUCUAGGAACCAUCUCCUUUUGUGUUGGACUAGCUAGUACAGCUAAUUAAUAAUGAUUAAAGGCUUGAUAUUGUUGGUAAAUAAUAAAAUCAAGAUCUUCCUUCAUCAGUCUCUAAGAAGGAAAAAUGGUUCCAUAAUCAAUAUUUAAAUUUAUUCAUUAUAUAGGUUUUUUUUAUUUAGUUCCUAUUAAAAACAUGCUAUUCUAGAAAGUGGAGGUACUAGGGUUUGCAAGUCAGGACAUCUCAGUGUUUAUAGCACUUAUAUUCUACUGAGGGAAAAUGGACAGUAACCCAGUAAAGAAGUCUAUGCUCAGAAAACAGCAGGUGAUUAUGAGAGUUAAGUAAGAUCCCGUGACAGAGGGAAAUGGGGAAUUACAGAGCCUUCCUGUGAGUGUGCAUUUUAAUUAUUACAACCAAGUGCCUCAAUGAUGGUGGCCACUAGUCACAAGGGGGAGCUCCGGGAGAAAAUAUGAAUGAAUUUCUAAGUGGCAAACCAAGAUCCUUAGAAAGAUGAUUUGAAGAGCAUGCUCUGAGAAAGGGGCCCUAUAGCAGCUCUUUACUACUACUGCUGCGUAGGUUACACACUAGGACAACUGACUUAUAAUAUUUCUAAGUCUUAGAACUUCAUUUCUAAAAAGAUAUUAUACUGUGUGGCAGUUGUACAUUUAACACUCAAAUGAAUAAUUGGCUUGAAGUAAACAGAUGGUAUAAAGCUCAAUUUAACAAUCUGUCAAGUGAAAUUAAAAUUCUGUUCUUUUCAGGGGACUUAGUGAAAACUGUAGGCAAUUAGCCUUCCAGUCAAAGCCCCACACUCAUACCAACCUGACAAAAUAUGUCAUUAGGAAAGUGCUUUUGCAGAAAGAGACAGUAUUGCUUGUCAGUGUUCUGUAUUUUCACAGUAUUCAGUAUUGAACCAUAUCUCCAGAGAAGCUGUCCCCCGUAAACAGAUCAUGCACUCCUUUCCACUGCUGAAAUUUCAGAAAUACAAAGUACUAAAAUAUGCUGCUUUAUUCAUAUAUGUGCAUUUUCUACAAUUUUUCCACAUCUAUUUUAAAUCUAAACUAUAUUUCAUAGCUACAUGAAGAAGAAAAAAAGCAGGAUCACAAGCUCACCCAUAAUUAAUAUGCCUCCUCACUUUAAAAAUCAAUUACUCUGCAUGAUUAAACUCAGCAUCUUUAUAGACUCAGGAAAUGGAAAAUCUGGGAUUUUCCAAUUAAUGUUUUGAGUUUUUCUGAUUUCAACAUUCUUUUCCCAGGUUAAAUUUUUCUUCUAUUUGCAAGUUCCACUCCCUAUCAAGGGUGGACUAGAUGAUCUGUUCAGAUAGACAUUCAGCCCUGGAGUUUCUUUUCUUCCUCAAAAUGACAUUUGGUUAUGUGAGAGCUUGCUGUCCAUCUGGUACUGGGAGGAGACUGACUGUGGGUGUGUGUUAUAUGGUGUCCACUGACAGCAGCUUUCCGGCCCACUCCCAGAGCUCUACUGGCAACUGCUGUGCAGUUUGUAGGUAGUGUAGCUUAUAUCUGUUCUCUGUGAUUUGGCCCUAUCCUGGCUGUCUCCUGAGAACUGGCUGUGACUCCCAUUUGAGGUCCUCCCUGGACACCAGUUCUUGACUACAAGGCCACUUCACUCCUGUAGUAGGAAGACACUACCCAGGAACAUUAACUACUCCAUUAAUCAGGGGAGGCUAAAUGCUGUAAUAAACAAUCCCAACGUCUUGGAAUUAGAACAUAGUAAAGAUUUAUUUCUCAUCCACCCCUACAUGAGCUAUUUGCUUUAUCCAGCCAUUCAAGGGUCCAGGCUCUUCUAUGUAAUCUAGGUCUCCUAAGGCCUUGGAGUUUAAUAAUGGGUCUCUUACCUGUGGCUGACAGAGGCAGUUAAAUCAAGUAAAAUAAAGACAUUAUUGUGAUUAAUUGUGUAGUUUCUAUCAGUCUGUUUUUUUGUUUUUUGGUUUUUAAAUUUUGGUUUGGUUUUGUUUUGAUGCUAGAGAUUGUACCAGGCCCUUGUUCCUGCUAAGCAUGUGCUUUACCACCAAGCUACACCCCAUCUUGCAUCUGCUUCUGAAAUACAUUCUCUAAGCCACAGCCUUCAAACUGAGGACACAUAUUAUGAGGGCGAAUAGAGAUUUCCAAAGGAUACAGGGUAUAGAUACUUUUAAGGAUCUCAAUUUCCAGAAUUUUAUCCUUCAUAUACUAUUUCUUCUUCAAAGUGACUUACCUGAGAACAGCCCUGUAAUCAAGGUGUCACGCUGGUUCUUCUUUCUCACUCCUCUUUGCACAAAUGUUUUUCUCUACCUUAGAAAGGAGAGGGCGUGGAUUGCACACCAAAUCUUUCUAUGAUGGCUUACCUUGGGAAAAUCUUCUGUGGUACCAAAGAACAAAUUUGCAAUAUUGGUAUGAUUAACCUUUUGAAAAUAAAGGAAUUACAAACUUA